UUGGGGCUCGCGGUGCUGGAGUGAGUUGGGUUGGGGAGGUUGUGGAGGCUGCCCGUGGUUCGUGCCGCUUGUCCGCAAGUGCUCAGGCGCUAUUGACUGCUGUUGGUGAUGCUGCUGCUGGGCGUGGUGCCCCCUUUGGAGGUUAUGACUAGAGCCGUCCCGUUUCUGCUGCUGUUGGGAAGCCUGCGUCGGCACAGAGCUAGAGUUCUGAUGGAGCUGCGGAGGCAGCUGCGGCAGGUGCUGCGGCUGGUGUUGCGCAACCGGGAACGGCUGUGGUGGCUGCGGUUGCAGCUGCUGCUGAGGGUAUCCGGGAUAACGCUCUUGGCCCUGCUGGCGUGUCUGGGCGGGAUACUGAGGCAGCUGCUUUUGCAAGGGUUGCAGGUUUUGCCGCUGAUGCGGCUGUGACUGCUGCGCCUGCACCUUCGGUUGAUGCUGGGGCAGCUGGUUUUGCUGGUUUUGCUGGUUUUGCUGCUGAUGCGGCUGCUGUGCUUGUACCUGCGGUUGAUGCAGAUGCAGCUGGCGUUGCAGUUUCUCCGCCUGCACCAAAGCUUGCUGCUGCGGUUGUUGCGGCCCAUGUCGCAUGCCCUCCUGCGCUGCAUGUAUCGAGGCUCGAUGGGCCUCGCCUUGUUGCGCCUCUGCUAUUGCAGAAGUGGCUAGGCUUGCAGCUCCAGAGCCGCAGGCGGAGGAACCAGAACGUGGUGGACAUGAGGCUGGCUGCUGUGGGAGAGGGCCAGGCUGCUGGGCAUGCGGUUGCGUCUGCCGCUGCUGCUGUUGGGCAGAAUACGGUUGCGGCUGCUGCUGUUGGAUAGGCGGGUAAGAUCGCCCCUGCGCCUGUGUCGGCACACUCGCAUUCCUGCACGAUGUCUGCUGGUGGAGACUAGGCCGGGGCAGCACCUGCGAUUGGGGCUGGGUUUCGGGACGACAGGAGCCAAAUUGCGGCUGGCAAGAGGGGUAAGCAAGAGGUGCAUCCGAGGGCAGCGGGCGAUAAUGGUACUCGUUGAUCUGCUGCUGUGCCUGCUGUAUCUGCCGCGGCUCCUGGUCCUGGUGUGGGUGUUGGGACUGAAUAGGAGGUGCUGGUUGUUGCUGGGGGUUCACUGACAUGACACAUCCUAGCGGCUGGUUGUGAGGAUGCGCCGGCGGAUGAACUUCAGAACCGCUCCAAGGUGGUGCCAGGGAUAGCUUGGACGACGGCCCGGAUUCUCCUGGAGCAACGACGCCGGCAACUCCAUAACGUUGACCACCACUAGACGUUGUCGGAAGCCCUGGCCAGGGUCCUUUAGAAGGCACGAAAUUGGCCGACGUUGAUGAUGGGGGAUGCUGCCAUUGCCGAGAAGCUUGAUCUGUAGCUAUAUCAUCCACUGGCAGAUUUGCUUUACAGCAUAGGUUCUCAUGUUGCGCGAAACCGAUAUGCCCAUGGCUGUUUUGUUCCAUCGUUAAGCCACAUCUAACCGACCUUUAACCUUGCAUAUGCUUUGCAACCGUAAAAUCACAAGAGUUACCAAGUAGUGUGGGUGUAUGAGGCAGUUGCUACGUCCGCCAAACGCAGGAACAUGCGGAACUCAGCGUUCGCGCCAAACGGAAACAUGCUGAAAGCAGUAGGGUUCACUUUAGGCAAACCGGUUGCCCAUAGAAUUGUGAGGUUUCGCCUUUGUGCGACCCUCGUACUUUAAAAUAUGACUUCUGAGCAUGUACCGUGCAACUCUGGAUUCACGGCAACUGUACACACUUGCGAGCUGUUACAUGUAUGCUCACAGUGGCUAGCUGUUUGGUAUACUCUAUUCAAACCUUAACUGUUAGUCCAUCGCUCCGGUCAUGUCGGAGCCCUAGACGUCAGUAACCAACGCAAGUAACAAAGGCCUGCCGAUGACGUAUGGGGCACUUAGUCCUGCGGCGUCACGCCUGAAAAUACUUUUGGAGAAUCUACCGCUGCCGGACGAGUGUGUGCAGGAGGCGGAAACGCUCAUAAAGCAAUGCAGCGAAGCAGAGCUUUCUAACCUAGGGCUAGGGCCUCCUCCGCGCCCCGUCGUACCCCGCGGCCUCCAUGAUGCUACCAGCGGAAAGCCCAUCAGUCCGCAGCAGCGCUUGCAUGCCGUCCAGCACGUGAUAAAUUCGCUGCAGUACAACCACACGCCCGGGUACUACUACAAUGUCUCCAAGUCACGGCCCUUCUCACGUAUCAUGGACACAGCGCGGGAGGCGUUGCGAGCAGCCCUGCCAAUCAAAUGCCUGGAGGCGGUCUUCCUGGGCGCUCUGCUGACCGCUGGUUGGCACGAACUGGACCGCUUGCCACUGGCGUUCAAGAGCACGGUUCAAGGCCAGACGUACAGGCACAUCGUGUUGGUCGUAUACCACGCGCCCAGCCGCAAAUGGGGCGCUCUGGGGCUGUCUCGCCGACCCGAGCUGAUGGACAAGGACCUUGUGUACGACAGCCUGGCAGACCUCGUAUCCGAGUACAAGGCUUCGUACGAGCGCUGGUGGCAUAUGUUGGCACGGGUGUACGUCGGUCUGCCCCUGGAGCACGACACCUACUACUCGGGCCCUGUGUGCUGGCGCUACCUCACGCUGUCUCUCACGGGCCGCAAACCCUGGGCAGUGCACCGCGCCGCGCUGGACACAUUUGCGGUGCAAUCACGGCGCCUGGCUGCCAAGUUCCGCGCACUGGGCUGCCAGCCCUCCUCCAACACCAGUCUCAACGGCGGAGAGCCGCUGCCAGUAGGGCUGCAACAAGGGCUGCACCCGCAAACGCAAGCACAGCAGCAGGAACAGGGGCAAGGUCAGGGGCAGGGGCCGGCCUCUGGUGCGCAGGAGGGGUCGCUGGAGAGGGCUGGAGGCAGUGCCGGGAGUAGCGGAGGGUCGCCGUUGUGCAGUGCUGGCGCGGGUGCGGGUGCGGGUGCCGCUUCGAGGUGUGCCAAGUCCGUCUCUCCCAGUCGCCGCCGCCCGCCGCCGCUGCCAGUGCCGCCCCUUCCGCGACGCGCCCUCACACCGCCACGCGGCGUGCUUUCCUCCGCUGCUGCCUCUGCCCUGCUCAGUCCCGUCUCCCCAGCACCCCAUGCGUCGACGACGCUAGCGGGAACGUCAACACCACCGGGAGCACACGCAGUAGCAGUUGCAGCAACCGUAGCGUGUACGGCAGGUACGACACCAGGAGCCGCAGCGGCGGCGGCAGCCCCGCCCAUGCUGGGCGGUAUCCAGGGCCUCAGCCCCAUGCGCUGCCGGAGCGCUGUGCCCACACGACCCACACUCAACAUCAAGGGCAGGGGAAGUACAGGCAUGGAUGGUGCCGCCGCAGGCUGCACCGCCGGGCCUACAACACCCACUGCAGCAGGAACGGCAGGCUUGCCGGUAUCAGCGACGGAGGGCGGGGGCGGCGGCCCGGCGGGUGUGGCUAGCUGCUCGCCACAUGGCUCAUUCAGGAGUAGUAAUGGCCACAGCGGUUUCGUGUCUCCCUACCUUGCAAUGCUUCCCAAGGCCGCCGUGACCCAUGCGCUGUCCGCCUCAGCGGGUACCUCCUCCGCAUCCCAGCAUGGGAGCGCAAUGCCUUUAUCUGCAGUCGGGGCUGCAUCAGGCAAGGAGCAAGCAGCCAAUCGAGGGCAUCCGAGCACAUCCGAGGGCUCUUUGUCGGGUCGCGGCACGGUUAUGCGCUCACGCCAUCGAGCUGAGCAGCAGCCACCGAACACGGAGACUUCCUCGCAAGCGCCUGCGCCAUUUCCGCAUUCCCUGCAAGCUCAGUCGCAGACGCCAACACAACCCAACGCGCAGCUGCAUGUGCAGUCCCAAGCAGAAUUGCAGCCACAGCAGUUAGAUGGUCGGCGGUCACGGCAGGUCAGUCGGUCAAGCACGCGGCGUCGCUGUUCAGAACCAGGGGGUGCGGCUGCGUUGGCGGCAGCAGCAGCGGCAGCCACGGCGGAGCACCGAGGCCAUGUUAACAUUGCAAUGAGGGUGCAGGCGCGCAUGCUGAGGCAGCAGGUCCGGGCUGAGGAGCGGAGGGGCGGGAAGGGGGAUGCAGCGGGAGGGGAUGGAGGCGGGGUUGGAGACGAAAGGCCGGGCAGGAAGGUGGGAGAGGCGGCGGCGGUAGAUCGAGGUGAGGAAGAGGAGGAGGAAGAUACGGAGAGCGCGGAGGAGGAUUACUUGAGUGGGGGAAGCGAAGAUGGGGGCGAUGUUAACGGUGGUGGCGGUACUUGAGGCAUGAAGCACCUGUGGGGUUGCGGGAUGCCCUGUUGUCCCUUCGGUGCGUGCUGCUUUGUGCGUACCCAUGUUCCCCUCCCACUUGCACGAGCUGUACUUCCUGGAGAGAAGGCAGCAGCACUUCAUUCAAUGGCGUGUGACUAACGCCGUACGCCAGCUCUUUCUUCAAUCAAAAUGCAGCCCAUCUAACUAGAGGAAUAUUGGUAUUAUGUGUAUGUAUAUGGACAUAUAAUUUAUCAUGGCAUGGGUAAUGCUAUUUAUGGAACGACGUAAUGGGGCCCUGGCAGGUCCAACACAAGCGUAACAUAGUUUCUAGCUCGAAUUACAGUUCAAUGAACCCACAAAGUCUUAGAACUGUGCUUACCCUAAUUAACGGCGUGCUCUUGGCUUGUUCAACAUGCCUGGCUGCACGCGGACAGUCUGUGCAGCAUAGAAGCGACGUUGAGCUGAUCCAGAGAUGCUUCAAUGCUGCGUAUAACUCAACUCCCACAUCCUUUGGAGCUUUCAUGGCCAACAAACCUGUGAGUCUCAGCAUAUCUGAAGUAUGGAUGUCAAGGCGGCAGGCGGAGGUCCCUCUGACCAUUUUUACGACAGCUACAAUGGACCGCUUGCAGCAUUUGGAAGCUCUCUGCAGGAUGCUGCCCAAAGGCACUGUUUCAGCGGCGGUAUACCUCCCGCUUGUGCAGCGGCAAGGGGGCAACCUGUCUCACCGAAACACGGGUCUGCAAAGCCUUGUGACGGACAUAAUACAGCUCUGGUGCCUAUCAACGCCCUGCGCAAUGCCGCGCUGCUUGCCGUGCGCUCGUCCCUGGUCGCCAUGGUCGAUGUGGAUCUCGGCAUCAGCGCCUCCCUCAUAGCUGUUCUCCAAAAUUCAAGCAGGGUCGCAGCAAUGCUGAAGGAAGCCUCAGUGAUGUGGGUCAUGCCGGCUUGGGAGGCUGACCCACAUCUUACCCGGGCGGAUGCCGAGAACACCGUGCACUCCGUACUGAUGGGCGACAAAAACCGCAUCGCGCUGCUUUGGUCCGCCCGCCACAUCCGUACCUUCUCUGAGGACAUAUUUCCGCAGGGUCACAACGUCACAAACUACCGACGGUGGCUGACGGCAUCUGAGCCAUACACGGUGGAUUACGCACGAGGUUAUGAGCCUUGGGGCCUUACAACAAGGGAGCGGCAUGUACUGCGGCCGUACGACGUCCGGUUUCGGGGCUGCUUCCGUGACAAGGUGACGCAUGUGGCGUCCCUGUCGUACAGCGGUACGACAUUCAAGGUGCUACCGGACGCGUGGUUGGUACACCAGCCGCAUGAUCUGUCUGUGGCGGCCUCCAUAGCUGUCGGCCGGAACAGCAAAGCCCAUCCCAAAGUCAAGGCUUUACAACAGGCAGUGUACUAUCGAGGUGUCAACACGACCAAGUUUACGUUGCACAAGGCUCACUCCAUGAUCACCAGCGACUCAGCUCUGAGCGCCAUGGCCUCUGGCACCUACGUGCCCGUUGUUGGAGAGCAGUUUGAGAACUGCCGUAAGAGCCUGCCGUGGCUUUAACUCUCGGUUUAAGAAGGUUACACUAGAGCAGACCAGCAGACAGAAACGGCUGGCUGUUGUAAACAUGGCAAGAGCAUGUGCGUGCGGCCAUGUGUAUGAACUUAGGGCGGCUUUGGCGACAAGGGCUGCAAUAGUGCCAUCGAUGACGUGUUUGACUCGAGGAGCGAGGAGGUCAGUGCAGCUAAGGGGGCAAGACCUGCCAGGACGAUUACAUCAAGAAAGGGUUCUGCACGCCAGGAGAAUGUUCCUUGGAAGCCGUUCCGGGUCGGCGAGAGUCCGUGGCGACCCGUGGGUCAUGCCUUCCGUUGUCGUACAUCCUGCUACGGACAAGGGUCGCUAUACGCCAACUUCG